AUGUCCAAAAUCAGCAAAGAAGAUCUUCUGUGUGACGAAAGUGCGAUAAUUGCUCAAAGUGAUAUUGUUAAAAAAGAAGAACGUGACAAUGAUGCCGAACUAGCCAAACCCGUCUAUGAUCUACCACCAACAUUUAGUCUUCUGGCACCAAUCAAUGUUGAAUAUAAUGUUUCCUCUCAAGAAAUAUUGAGUAUGUCAGCCGAGAGAACUUCGAAAUCCCCGUACUAUCUACCAGUUUUUGAUGAAAAUGUUCCUGCGCCACAAGCCCCAUUUCCUCCAACAAUUGACAAUGUUUCCGUAAGUUUGAAAAAACAACUUUUUAUUUUAAAAAUUUGAAAUAAAACGUUCUGUUUUCAGAAAGAUCAAUCACAAUUGCUAAAGCCGGUUCCCAUUCUGGAAAUAAACUCGCAAGAAGAUUUGCAAUUCCUGGCGCUCAAGCUACAAAGUGCUCCAAUAACCUUGAUAAAAAAUCUCACCUCAACACUAGAAAUGGACCUUUCCUUGUUCUCAUCUGAAAAAAUUGCCGAAACUGCUGGUGCAACAAAAAUUGAAAUUCGUUUACAAAAUUGCAUGCCAAUCGACGUAAAUAUCGAUAAUCACGGAAAGACAACUUGGAAUUGUGAAAGUGUGAAAAAAUCGACAACUAUUGCCAAAUAUGCACAAUAUCAAGCUGAAAUUUUUCAAAAUUCACCUAAAGGUAUGUUUUGAACAUUUGAAUAAAAAAUAAAACAAUAUUUCUGAAAGAAAUCUUUACAGACGAGGAAGAAACAUUGAGAAAAGUCGGUUCAAAAUGUGCUCAACAAAUGGCUGAUGACCAUGGCGGAAAAAGAAAGAAAACUUCAGAAAACGUCGAAAAAAAAAUUAAGAUGAAUACUAUCAAAUUCGGCACAAAUGUAGAUUUGUCGAAUGAAAUAAUAUGGAAAGAGCAAAUCCGCGAAAUUGCAAAAAUGCCGACUUUUUGUCAAAUAACUCACGAUGAAAACAUGUUAUCUCACCUUGAUCAUACAAUUUUUGGAAUGAAUACGGUGCAAUUUUACAUGAAAGUUCCUGGAUCCAGAACACCAGCUCAUCAAGAGAACAACUCAAUUGCCUCAAUAAAUAUAAAUGUUGGACCCGGAAAUUGUGAAUGGUUCGGUUGUGCGUAUGAAUAUUGGGGAGUUGUUGAAGCACUUUGUAAGAAGUGAGUUUUUUCUAUGAGUCCGAAUUUUAUGUUAUAACAAAUUUCGAUAUUUUCAAAAUUAUAUUCAAAACUUUCCAAAAAUUAUCAUUAGUUAUUACAAAAAAUAAAAGAAUGGCAGAAAAUGAACUACUCUCUUAUUUUGAGGCUUUUAAUAGGGGCUGUUAGCCCCCAGGCGUAACAGUCUUCUCAUUUAUUUCAGUUUCACUUUUUUCUGUGAUUAUUGUCACUUUUCAUUUUAAGCCUAAAAUCUUGAAAUUUGGUUCGAUAAUGAUUCAUUUGUAAAACUGGAAGGUCUUCCAGAUUUACAAAUUUUUGAACGAAAAAAAAUUGAUCAAAAAAAUAAAAUUUUCUUUGUACAAUACUCAAUAGAUGCUUACUAAAUGAAUUCCAAUCAUUUUAAGCCUAAAAUCUUGAAAUUUGGCUUGUUAAUGAUUCAUUUGUAAAACUGGAAGAGCUUCCAGAUUUACAAAUUUUUGAACGAAAAAAAAAGUUGAUCAAAAAAAUAGCAUUUUCUUUGUACAAUACUCAAUAGAUGCUUACUAAAUGAAUUCCAAUCAUUUUAAGCCUAAAAUCUUGAAAUUUGGCUUGUUAAUGAUUCAUUUGUAAAACUGGAAGAGCUUCCAGAUUUACAAAUUUUUGAACGAAAAAAAGUUGAUCAAAAAAAUAGCAUUUUCUUUGUACAAUACUCAAUAGAUGCUUACUAAAUGAAUUCCAAUCAUUUUAAGCCUAAAAACUUGAAAUUUGGCUUGUUAAUGAUUCAUUUGUAAAACUGGAAGAGCUUCCAGAUUUACAAAUUUUUGAACGAAAAAAAAAGUUGAUCAAAAAAAUAGCAUUUUCUUUGUACAAUACUCAAUAGAUGCUUACUAAAUGAAUUCCAAUCAUUUUAAGCCUAAAAACUUGAAAUUUGGUUCGAUAAUGAUGCAUUUGUAAAACUGGAAGAGCUUCCAGAUUUACAAAUUUUUGAACGAAAAAAAAUUGAUCAAAAAAUAGAAUUUUCUUUGUACAAUACUCAAUAGAUGCUUACUAAAUGAAUUCCAAUCAUUUUAAGCCUAAAAACUUGAAAUUUGGCUUGUUAAUGAUUCAUUUGUAAAACUGGAAGGGCUUCCAGAUUUACAAAUUUUUGAACGAAAAAAAAGUUUAUCAAAAAAUUAUCAUUUUCUAAUUCAGUUUUAUCAAUAUCUCAAUAAAAAUAAAUGUAUCUUAUGUAAAUAAACUUUUUUUCAGGAAUUGUGUGAAUUUUCUUUCCGGAUCUUGGUGGCCAAACAUGGAAGAAUUGCUUGAGGCAAAUGUUCCAGUUUAUCAAUUCACACAAAAAGCUGGCGAUAUGGUUUGGGUUGAUAGUGGAUGUGUGCAUUGGGUACAAGCAACUGGAUGCUGUAAUAAUAUUUCCUGGAACGUUGCUCCACUAAACCAUACACAAUUAUCAAUUGCAAUUCAAAGUUAUGAAUGGAAUAAGUUAAGCGAGUAUAGAUCUUUGGUUCCAAUUCAGCAACUUGCCUGGAAACUUGCUAAAAAUGUGCACUUCAGCAGUCAAGAAAUGUAUGACUUGGUCCGAGGAGUUUUGAUAAGAUCGCUUUCAUUCUCGAAAAUUGUCUACGAUUUUGCGGUUUUUUCAAACAAAGAAUUAAUCCAGCGACCACGUGAAGAAAAAGAAGGUGCGCAUUAUUGUAAACCAUGUCAAGUAAGUUUUUAUACAAUUUGUAGCAACACUUUUCUACGAUGUGCCUUAAAUUCAUAUCAAACUUAAUAUUUCAGGUUGAAGUCUUCAACAUUUUAUUUGUCAAAAAAGUGAAGAGCGAGUAUUUGGUUCAUUGUGUAUAUUGUGCCAAAAAGUGAGUUUUUUCAUUCGUUAAUUUUUUGUAAAGUAAAACAAAACAAUUUUGCAGAGGUGGAUUGUCCAAUUUUGUUGUACUUCAACAAUAUUUGAUGUCAGAACUCGCCGAGAUCUUUGAUGGAAUGGUUUUGAAGCCAACACUCAAUAAUUCAUUGGCUCAAUAA